GAAAGUUAAAUGGAGUAUCCAAUUACACGAGUCCUCUGCUCUCCGGACAGGAGCGCCCACAUAAAAGCCAUCGGGCUGAGUCACCGGAACACCGCGAAUGGAAAUCCGUAAGGCAGCGGCAGACACGAAGAGUGAAGACAAGCGAGCAGACUUUCAGAUUUCUCUCCGUUCCUGACUUCAGCAUGACGCUAUGGCUGGCGGUUGUCACCGCGCUGGCGACAAGUCUCAGUUCAGAUUGCCUGGACUGGAAUAUUUUUCAAAAUAAAGCACCUCUGAAGGAUGGCAAUGUCAGGCUGGUAGGUGGACAACAGCCCAGUGAAGGGCGUGUGGAGGUUUACUACCAAGGCCAGUGGGGCACAGUCUGCGAUGACAGCUGGGAUAUUGCUGAUGCUAAUGUGGUGUGUCGUUCCCUGGGAUUCUGGAAUGCAACUGCUGCUGUUCCAGGGGCUGCUUUUGGGACAGGCUCUGGUUCCAUCUUACUGGAUAAUGUUGGCUGCACGGGAACUGAGACCUCUUUGGCCAAUUGUAGAUCUGCAGGAUGGGGUGUCAGUGACUGCCAACACAAGGAGGAUGCGGGUGUCCGAUGCUGGCCAAAGAGAGACACAAGAUCCACCACAACAUUCAAAAUGGACCAUCAGUCUGACCUGGCAGAGGAACUGAAAAUGCUUUAUAAAAGCCAAAAGGAUUGCGACAUGAUAAUCAAAGUUGUGUCUACUGAGGAUCCUAACAUGUCUGAAAGUGUGUGUGCCCACAAGCUCAUACUGUCUCUGGGGCCAGGAAAGGACUUUCUCAAGAGAAUGCAACAGUCUUACAACUACACCAUGAAGGUCCACAGCAGUUGCUUCCCGAUGGUCCAAGAUUUCAUUGAAUUUCUGUACAAGAGAAGCAUAGACAUCCCCUCUACUAUGGCAGUAUGUUUCCACAUGCUAGCAUCCGAGUAUAAGGUCAUUGAUCUAAAGGAAUAUACUGCUAAUCUCUUCACCUGGAUGCUCCCAGAAGACAACACCUUCCAGACUCAAGUAUCCCUGUUUAAGUAUGCCGUCAGCACCAAUGACCUCAUUCUUCAAGAAAACUGUGUACGGUUCCUUGCCUGGAACUGUGAGGCACUCAUCAAUUCCAGUCUUUGGGAUGAACUGCCUGCAGCUAUUUUAGAAGCUCUACUCUCCCGCUCUGAUGUGGUGACACCCAGCGAAGAAUAUCUCUUCAGGGGGGUAGAGCGCUGGAUCAUAGCCAAUCGUAAGCCAGAGGACCUAAACAGCGGUUCCCUCCUUCUAACAGAGGAGUCACUGUUGCAAAAGAUUCGUUUCCCAAUGAUCUCUCCUGAGAAUCUUUUUGAUAUCCCGUUCAAUUCUUCUGUCUACAAAAACCAUACGCUGCUCUUCCAGUCUAAACUCUUAGAAGCAUACCAGUUCCACACGGUACCUCCCCAAAAACUCAAACAAAGUCUAAAAAGGGUGAGUGAAGAUUUUGUACCCAGGAUCUACACGUCAUCCUCCUGGUGUUCCAUGUAUAAAGGCAUGCAAAGUUACCCACAACUGAGCUAUCAUCAUAGGAGAUUUCAAGGUAGCCAAAUUUACACAGUAAAAGAAACCUUCCAAACCCCAACCUAUAUGAGUCAGCUAUUUGUAACACAAAUGGUGUCCUGGACACAUGCAGUCCACACUUCUAUGGACAGCUGUAGAAGCAUGGGCUACUAUUGUGAGUCACUUCCAACAGCAACACUUAGUGGUCCCUCCCCUUCAUCAGCCUCCUUCAUCUACCAUAAUUUUAUUCUGUCUAUUUGCAAAGACAACUAUGUGUUUGCAAUCCAGGAAUUCAAAAAAGGCCAGGCUGUCCUGUCUUUCAAUGGGACAUCAACAUAUAACUUCCCAUGCCAGUCUAAAGAUUUUACAUACAAGUUUGUGAUCCAGCCCCAGUACAAAUGGUACAACUAAUCACCUGCCACUCCUGUCGCCUGCAGUUGAGUAUGUGUACCCUCCUUACUUACUUGAGCCUGAGCAAGUAAAUCUGAUUAUAAGGCAUUCAUUUAGCAUUCAUUUCUAAGUAGUGGGCAUGAAAAUAAAAAAACUAAAAAACCUUAAUGUUUUAAUCAAUCAUGUCCUUCCAAGUUACUGCAUUCUCGACUAUACAUUUUGUAGCUUUAUUAUUUUAUGUGCUGGGCUGGUCUGACUCCCAAUAAACCUGUAAAGGGGAAAUGUCUGCAGAAAAGGGAGGCAUGAAUGGUUCACAAAUGGUUUCUGGAUUCAAAUGUGCCAUCUGGUGGAUUUUGACCAAAAUUGUUUUUUAAGCAUAAUUUUUUUUAUCACCUUUUUAUUAUUACUACUAGACAUUAAGCCCGUUACAAUAACGGGUGCUAGAACAGUAGUCCAUAAACAUUAGUAGGAACAGUCUAUAUUAAAUGGCAAGGGACCUUUUACCUCAUUAAAUUGUUUUCCGUAAAAUGCCUGUAAUUUUCUCCGACAGUAAUACUGGCUUUGCUGUCCAUAAUAUGCGUUUAAUUUUCUGUCACAACAGUGGGCAAUCAGCAGAUUCUCCCCAGCAACUGACUUAAUGUGCGCGAAAAUAAAUCUACUUUUAAAAGUCAUUGUAUUGUAAUAUCAUGAAAAUUCGUAUACUGUAUUUAGGAAAACCCCUUCAACGACUUUCACUUUACCGGGCCAAGCUUCUUAAUCGCAAAUCUGACAUCCUCAGAGUGAACACUUGCACAACAAUGGAGACGCUGGUCUCCGCGUCUCUGUACCCUAUUGGAUUUUUCGUGUUUUAUGUUUUAGGUCUUACCUCAUUUACCGAAAUCCGAUUAAAUCGGCCGCGUGAUAUUUUAUAGGUCCUGCCCUCUCUGUCUUGUGUGACGCGUCAGGCGGCCUUUGAAGCAUGUGCUUUGUAGCAUCGCACCGUGCCCCGCGCAUGCGCACUUCACCAGACGACAAACACACACACUGACACUGGACGCACACAGGGGUUUUAUUAAAGAGGAUUAUAGUGAGAACUGCAAGAACAGCAGCAAAAUGGUUAUUUAUGCAAGAGUCCCAGACCAAAAGUUUCAUAUUAAUUUUGCUUUACUAAAAAUUAAUAACAGCAAUAACAAUUGGUAGAAUUGAUUUUAACACUAAAAUUGAUUUCUUAAAUCUUAAUUAAAGUUACUAAGUUAAUUUGAGAAUGGUUUAACGUUCGUAUAGUUUAAUCCACAAUAACAAAUAA